CGGCUGUGAAGCGGGAAUCGCUCUCUCUCUACUCGACUCUCAUUCCUCGCACGUGUGUGAUUUUGUGAUCUGCAAUUAAUUUGCAAAUGUUUUCGGCAAUAUUAUUUUAAUAGGUGACUAUUUCGAUUUUUAAGCUUGGACCACGAUAUACCCCGAUUGACGACUUUUUAGGGUGACCGUGUUGGUAUUUUUGUACAUACAUACGAUGAAAAUGGUAAAAAUGUUCCGGAUUACCUAUAAUAUGAGCGACCUCUGCUUACAGCUUGGAGCUACACAUCAUCAGUUUAAAGUUUGGUCAUUUUAGAAUAUCUUUACUCAUGGCGUUCAACGCUCAAAUUCCCAACGACACUGGGGCAAAACACAGAAAUUGGAAGGAUCCCCACUUCCUCCGCGACUUACGAAACGUUGGCCUAUCAGUGGCUGGACCUCGUUAUGGCGUUAUAGCACCGGACACCAUGUAUUCAUAUGCACAGAAAAUAGGAAACGUCAAUCCGUCCCUGUGCUUUCAAGCAGACGUUUUUUACCCAAAUGCUAUUGCGGAUGUUUGUGCCAGUGUGGAGUCACUAAGAAUUGAUGACAAUCAUCAGGGUGGACAAGAGAAGGUCGUCCUAUUAAGACCCCCGGGAUGUAGAGGAAACCAAAUACAACGAGACUUUCCCUUGGAGUCCAGAGUCCCUGUUGCCAUCCCUCUCGUUCAGUAUCCUUCCACAACGUCGGACAAUUUCCUGGACCAGACGGAUAUUUGUGCAGUUCCAGUUUUGAAUUGGGAAAAGUAUAUCGAAGCAUUUAGAACAAGUUUACAGAACGUUAGAAAACGAGAUAAGGUCUCUCCAAGAUUCAGACCUUUGACGAAAAGAGACCGGAAGGAGAAAAAACUGGUGAGAUGGAGAUCAAAAUGUGCAAAACUUCCGAAAUCAAGACAACCCAAAUUCGAAGAUGUGCCCACUUCCUCUGAUGAGUCCGAAAAUGACCUUAUUACAAAUUGCAAUUACGGCGUCGAAGCACUUGAAGACGGCAAUGCGCCAUGUACCUCGGCUGCUGCCACUUCCACACAGGUUUAUAAAAGAUUCAAACCUACAAGAACCAAACCCAAGGCACUAACAAUUGCCCAAGUGCGGGAUAACUUAUUUGAGAACAUGUCUGAAGGUUCAGAGGACGAUGACGAACACGACAUCCUACUCAAUAAUCCUGUAAAGCUUGGAUUUUUGCGACGUAAGAGAGCAAGCCAAGUUCCACAUGCAAAACUUGGGAAAUCUCAAGUGGCUGUCAUAAAAAAUAUUCCAAAGUUGAGAUUAGAAGCGACUUGGAAUUAUGUGUACGGAGGCGCUUCUGGUUCAUGCUGUUCCAUAACGAGGGGUGAUAAUAGAGUAGUAUUUGUGGGAAACCAUUCACAAGUUCGCCAGAUUGUCUUGGAGAAAUCACAACGGUCUUCAAUGUUAUCGUAUCGAGUUCAAUCUGUAUGGGAAGAGGAUAUUUCAAGUGUACCUGUUGCUGCACAAGGAAGUGACAUUAGCGACCCAUUGAGUAACAUUGUUCAUCAAAUUUUGUCACCCGCUGGAACGUUUGAUUUGCUUGGGGUCAGACGUGGCAAAACAAUUGAUAUUUAUAGUACCAAAGAGGAUACUCCAUAUUUAUUGGAUUCUAUUCCAAACAUAUCUUACGGAAUCAAUAAAACCUUUAGCAAAGGGUAUGUUCCGGAUCCAUUGCUUUUGGGGAUGGAUUUUAAUCCAAUGUAUUCAGCAGAAUUUAUAACCAUAGAUGAGAAUUUAGAACUGAGGAUAUGCGACCUUACCAAAGAGACUACUGUGAAGAUUUUUAACUUGAACAAAUCGACACGCCGAUCCCCAAAAUUCUUUGAAUAUCCCAAAUUCCAAUAUGUCAAUAACGCGUCGGGCGUUCAGUUUGGGCACCACAGUCACAUGUUUUAUGGAUGGACAGAUUCGGAAGUAUUCAUAGGAGAUCGAAGAACCACCUUUAAAUCCAGAGCUCCACUGAUUCAGAUAUUCGAUCUGAGAAGGGCGAAAAGUUCUCUGGCCUGGUCGGAUCAAAUAUUCUUUAAUGAAUCCAAGAUUAUGUUGAACGAAUAUAUGUCCUCGCUAAAAAUGAGCAGUAAGGAGAACUAUUACUAUGUCGGCACAACUGCCAGAGUAUUCUUGAUGGACGUCAGAGUACCAGGCCAGCCGGUCUUAAAAUUUGAACAUGGAAUGCAAUCGGCUGCAUAUUUGGAUACUUUUAUGGACGGGUCUUUUGAGAUGGUCGUAGCUGGCAGUCAACGUUUGGGAACCACAAUAUGUGGCAUCACUGAUCAUGCCCAUGUGAAGUGCUUCGAUAGACCGAAAUGUACAGCAGCCAAUCCAGUUUUGCAUUGCCUUCCUCGACACUUAUCCAACUCUAGUGAGUUUUUCGACACUGUCGGCUCCAUUGGGUCAGAUUUUUCAUGGGAAGCAGAGCAUCAAAGAGCAAAGGCGCACAAUUACUCAUGGACAAGUGGUCUUGUAGUAACAAAAGGUGGUCGUAAUAAGCAGGAUCCACAUGAUCCUAGUGGUGUGUUGGUGUUCACGUCAAACGUGUAUGGCGAUCUAUUUUGUCAGGAAUUGGAGCAACCCCCUAUAGAUCAACACAGAAAAGUUCAAGUAUCCGACUCUAAAUUUGUAGAGUUUGCGAAAAGUUGGCAGGCAUCAAUGGAAGCACGUUCAAAAUCAGAAUUUCUGAAACCCAGUUUAAAUGCAUAUAGGCGAACUGAUUACUCAUUACUAAUGGAACCCAGUGCUCGAGGUGUGCAAAAAAUGACCACUGUUCGCCAGGAGCCGUUCGAUAGCAAAAAACCUGAUGAAUUUAUCCACAAGUUGUUAACGGAAGAAAAUGAAAUCACUUUCCAGGAACAAAUUGAUCAACUUCGUAGAUAUAAGUCAGACAUUGCUCAAAGAUGUCUUGAUUUCUGGGAAUAUGAGAGCAGUGGAGAUGACAACGAAGAGGAACAACUUGUGCUCAAACAAGAACGACAUGAUGCUGAAUUUAAUUUGCUAUAUGGAAAUGAGUUGAGUGAAGAUGGAACUCGUGAUGUAGAAUUUUUAGAGAACCGUCAAAAAAAGCUUGAAGUGAUUGAUUGUGAUUCUUUAAAAAGGAAGACAAGUGAGCAGCCGCUGUCUUCACUCACUGCUACAAAACAUAAAAAACAGCGAAAUAAAUCCAUAUCAUCUUCAAGCUCUAAUGGAUCAAAGAACAAAACGAACCUUGACGAGGACAAUAAUGACUUAGAAAUUGACGAUGAACCUCCAUCGGCUGAAAAUAACGACUCUGUUGACCAGCUUAACAAUGCUACCCAUACUUGUGACGCAGGCGAUUCCCUAUUUUCUCAGUAUUUAUCUCAACCAGUUGCGGAAUCAAGUUAUGAAUUUUACCAACCUUUGAAUCCCUCACAGACAAUGGAUGAAUGUGAAGAAAUGGAGCCUCAUUUCCCACAAAAUAUUGUCCCCGAGGAUGAUGUACCUUCAUUUCCGCAACAGAAAAAUCAAGCUGCCAGCAAGAGUAAAAAACAUGGAUUUUAAUUAUUCUGUUAGAAUGAAUAAUUAUUGUACAAAUUAAACGAAUUGUGAUAUUGUUGAGUCUCAUUCUUCACGGGGUAUAAAUUUUAAUGUUUUUAAAAAUAUUUUAUACUUGUAUACAACUUUUGGUUUUACUGGCUGGAUAAUAUAUAUAACUCUAAAAUCUACAAAAAUGUGUAACGUACCGCAA